GUGUCUGAUAUGGAUACAGAGAAGGAUACAGAUAGAUAUCCAUUUAAAGUCAAUAGGAGAUACCAGGGAAUCGCUCUCGUGAUAUCUAACUUUACCUCGGGGCCAUACAUGAGGAAGGGUGCUGACAUUGACCUCAAGUACAUGAAAAAAACAUUCAAAAGACUAGGAUUUAAAGUAGAUUGUCAUGAAAAUUUAACAACAUCCAAAUUUGUGUCACUUUUGAACUCAUAUUCGAAAGACAAAAGUCUGAAUGUGUAUGAUUGUUUCGUAUUUGCUAUCAGUUCACAUGGAAUUGAAAGAGAGGUGAAAAAAAAAGAUCAAGUAGUCCAUCAUCAUGCCAUACAAAUGUUCGAUGAUGAAUACUUUGACACCCAAGAAGUUCUGGAUCACUUCAGCCCUAAAGCAUGCAAAGCACUGAAAAACAAACCAAAGCUGUUCUUUAUUCAGGCCUGUCGAAUUCCUGAGAGUAAAGCAACUGAAGAUCACAGAGACGCAGGCAUAGGGUUUGAUCAUGGCACCAGACACAGAGAUGGAGGAGGGGAACCAGGCCAAAAUAAACAUGGACGUGAUAAGAUUGACCAUCAGGAAACCAAAGAGAUCUCAGAUGAAGAGUCGGACACUGAGGAGGUAGAUGUGUCUGAUACAGAUAUCGAUGAGGAUUCUGACCUUGAGGGUGAUAAUGACCUCCCCACAACCAAAAGCCAGGAUACUGACACAGAGGGGGAGCAAGACACUUCAGAUGUAGAAAAAUAUUUGGAACAAAGACAGAGAGAAAUUGUCAGAAAUUUAAAGAAAUUACAAAAUGAGGUGUGGCAGCUUGGUAGAGUUUACACCCAGGAGGCCAAUCAUAACAAAGAAACGGAUACUCAAAAUGCAACAGGAGGGGAAGGGGCUCUAUCACCUGAGAUUGAACAAAAAGAUGAUGAGCUGGACCCAGCAAGAGGAAUUAGAUUACAACCUUCUGCAGAGAAGGGAAUGCCGGGGGACGAAGUGGAUCCUCCACGAGCCCGGCGAUAUAGACCAACAGUGGCCCCAAUCCACAUCACUGCUGUCUCCUUUCACAAUGAUAUGCUCAUCAUGUUUGCAUCACCACAAGGAUUGUAUGCUUUUAGGAGUAAAGAUAUAGGCAGCUACAUGUUGCGGUUUUUGUAUAAGGCAGUAGAAAAAUUUUAUGGAAAUGGAAAACUUAAAGACAAUAACACCAACUUCCUUGAAGUUCUGAGGGAAAUCACUGCACAGAUGUCUAGCAGAACUUUUUUUGGUGAAAAGGAGUACACCAAUGUUCCAUGUACUAUACACAAACUCUCCAAAGAUGUUAUCUUCACUCAAGGAAAAAACAUGGCUGACUCCAAAUUUUCAAAGAAACUGUCCAGCAUUUUAACAUCUUUUUUUGCUAACUGGAAAUAAGAACUCUCCAAAGAUAUUAUCUUCACUCAAGGAAAAAACAUGGCUGACUCCAAAUUUUCAAAUAAACUGUCCAGCAUUUUAAAAUCAUCUUCUGCUAGUUAGAAAUAAGAACAUAGUUAUUGAUAUAAAAAAGAUACCUAGUUCUAGGUAUUCUACAUAUUCUAGAUGUGACAGUGAAGCUGGUGAAAUUCAGUGAGAAAUUCUUAUUAUCAUAGCACUUCGUAGUAAAAUGAGCUUACAAAAACUUUUUAUACCCCCUGCAAACGAAGUUUAGGGGGGGGGGUAUAUUGGAAUCAGCUUGUCCGUCUGUCUGUCUGUCCGUCUGUCUGUAGACGAGAUUUUGUCCGGACCAUUUCUUGGAAACUGUUGCAAGGAUUUGUCUGAAAAUUUGUAUACUUAUUCUUUGCCAUAUGAAGGUGUGCACCUGGUAUUUUCAUCAUGAUUGGAUGAUUUUUUUGCAUUUUACAGGUGUUUUUUUCAUUUUUAUUAUGUUGUUUUGUCUGGAUCUGUUCCCAGAGACUAUUGCAUAGAUUUGUAUGAAAAUUUGUACACUUAUUAUUUACCAUA